AAAACAACACCAUCAAACAGUACGCACACGACGCAACUCUGCCCUGCUCCGGGUUGUCAGUGUGCGUGGUUUUGAAUUGUGCUGCCGAAUUGCCCUGCUCGCUCUGUUCUUUUUUUACGACUGCUGAGUUUUCGAACGUUUUCGAAGACGCUGGAAAUAUAUACGCACGCACCACUAAAUUUGGCCCCGUGAAGCUAUAACUUCCUCCGCCGUAUAAAUAUCGGACCGUGUGUAUGUGUGUGUGUUGGUGUUUGUGUGCUCCGUGUGCCAAUACGGAUCUAAUUGAAAGGCGCAAGGGGUAGUUUUCGGGGGUUCCGGAAGGGUGGAGAAACAGCCUUGUCGUCCAGUCCAGUAGGAGUACUUCAGUGCGAGCGUGAGGGGAUGAAAGUGCGAAAAGAAGAACAAGAAGAAUUUAGCAAGCUAGAGCACCCAACAGUAAAAGCAUAUCCUCCGUUCUAAAGGCGCCACCAAAAAAGCGGCGCUAGGAGAUUGCAAUCGACGAGCAACGGCGAAGACAACGGGCUGGGCCCUACAUCGUUUUCCACCGUGCAAGCCCUUCGCCUGUUCCCUUGCAACACACGGAUGCACGAACAAAAAAAAAACAAGAAUAGUUCCUCGUUCCUCUGUCCCGCUCCCGCAUGACGAGAAGUGACCGAAACACGCACUACGAUUACAGCUGCUUUGGCUGGUGCUGGUGCUUGUGAAAAUAUAGCAAAAAAAACGAGAGAAAACCCCGUGCGAAGGUGUGCGCUCUAGUGCUUGAAGAGACAGACCACAUAACGCGAGACAACCGAAGCAUCUUCACGGCGGGGUUUCAUCGGGCGACCCAGCAGCAGCAGGCCACCGUUGCCAAAGCCGUUUCGUAGCAGCCAACUUUGUCGUCGCGAAACCCUUAGCAACACACAAAAUCAUCCCCGAGCACAGGAGCAUAAGAAGAAGCAGAGCGCACCCAAAGCCAAGCGGUUUUGCUUGCGUGUGGUGUUGUGGCAAUGGAUUGUCCGCACAUCGUCGAUAACGUAGGUCUCGGAAAGGAAUCGAUCAGGGCCGCUAAGAACAGCAGCAUCGCCACUUUGCCCGUAUCGGCGGUCGUUGCUGCAGAACCCCUCACUACCACCACCACCACCACCCGCACCACAGUAGGCGAUCCGCUCCACGCCGCGAAUGUGUCCGAUGCGGUAGCACUUUCCGACGUAGUAGUCGCUGCCAGUCCAGCCACAGUUCUCACGGUCGCCACUAAUGCGUCAUCGUCAUCGGCCGCAGUAGCAUCGUCAAAGCAUUGGAAAUGUACAGAAUGCUCCAUCAGCAAAGACAACUGGAUGUGCUUACAAUGCGGCGCAGUAUUAUGCGGUCGCUACGACAACGGGCAUGCAUUGAAACAUUCGAAUACGAACAAAAAUCACAACAUUUGCAUGAACACGUCGAACCAGUCAGUCUAUUGCUACAAAUGCGAUGAAUUUGUGAUAAACGACACCAAUGAUAAUGCACUGGAAGAACUCCGGCAAGAGCUGAAGGAGGGCAAUGGCGACCAGAUGGACACGAUUUCGGAAACGUCCUCGACGUUGGAAGAAAUUAGCUCCUCCAAAUCGACCCAAGAAACGGCCAGCAGCACGUCCUCGUCGAGUGAUUCCGGUUGGGAAGAACCAUCCCCGUCGACACUAGCGGCAACGCCCGUUCCUGUGUCGACGGCUGGUGCGAUUGUAAGUGCGCGGAAGCUGCGUCCCCGGAAGCGCACAAUAUCGAGCGACAGCAACAACGAGAACGGGGCCACCACUGCUAAGCGGAAGUCGAUGCGGCGGGUCGUUGGGUUGCGCAAUCUGGGCAAUACCUGCUUCAUGAACUCAGUAUUACAAUCGUUAAGCAACAUACAGGAGUUUAGCUGCUACUUCAACACGAUGCCUGCCCUGGAGAUGAAACACAAACAGAAGGCGUACCAUUCGCGCAGCAUGAAGGAAACAAUGGACGAUGUGUUUGUGGUGGAGGAACUGCGCAAGGUACUGCUAAACCUUAGCCAAGGUGGCGACGGAUCGAAGGGCGCCAUUUCACCUGAGUGUUUGUUUCUGGUUAUCUGGAAAGUGGUGCCGCAAUUCCGUGGACACCGGCAGCACGAUGCGCACGAGUUUCUGCGCUACAUGCUCGAUCGGCUGCAUACCGAGCUGCAGCAGGUGUCGUUCCCGGUGGAGCUGAGCAAGCAGAAAACGGGCGAACACAAAAACCCAUACAACGUGUCCGGGUUAAGCCAUCUGCAAGCUAAAGGGCGCAAUUCCAUCGUUACGAACGUGUUCGGUGGUGUGCUGCAGAGUGAGGUGCGCUGUCUGAUCUGUGGCAUGGAAAGCAAAAAGCACGAUCCGUUCCUCGACCUAUCGUUAGACAUUCCGGAAAAGUUUUACAGCAAAGAGCACGUCGCGGACGGUACGGCUGGUGGUGUGGAUGCGGCGAAUGGAGGAGCGCCAGUUUGUCACAUUUCCGACUGUCUGUCCAGCUUCACGGAGGUGGAAGAGUUAGCAGAAACUGAGCUGUACUACUGCAACUCGUGCAAGUGCAAGCAGAAAUCAACGAAACGCUUUUGGAUUCGUCGAUUACCAAACGUAUUGUGUUUGCACAUAAAACGGUUCCGAUGGAACAAUUUCUACAGAACAAAGAUCGACUUAAGAAUAGCAUUCCCCAUCAACGCCCUCGAUAUGUCACAGUUUGUUUUAAAUAAUGGACCCGAAACGAGACGAUCCAAUUCCAGUUGCAACAUCUACGACCUAGCCGCCGUUAUUGUCCACCAUGGCAAUGGCUCCAGCUGUGGGCAUUACACAUCCUUCGCCAUCAACAAUGGUGUCUGGAUGCACUUCAAUGAUCACACGGUGAAGGAGGUGAGCAGUACGGCUGUGGCGGAAUGUAAACCGUACAUCCUGUUUUACAUUAAGCGUGAUCCAACGAAUGCCAACAGACUGUCCACAGCGAUCGGCACCGCCGCGCCGGGUGCAGCAGCGGGAGCCAAUCAGUCGUCCUGAGAUUAAGUUAGUUCGUUUCCGUUCUGAAGACUGAUUCCAAAUCCCCGUAACUGUUAAUCUGACUGAUGAUGAUACGCCCUUUUGUUCGUACACUUCGGUUUCGUGAACGCAUUUUUUCCUUUUUCGUUCACGCCGCUCUAGCGCUUUCGCGAUUGAUCGAUUAUAAAGCUUUGUUUGAUUGUGAUCAGCAACGGUUUGGUAAAAAGUAUACAGAAGCUAUUCAAAAGGUAUCCCUCUCACAUCAAAAAUACGUACAAACGGUGUUCGUUUUAUGGGUAUCAUUUAUGCCCCCCCCCCCCCCAUUUUGAAAGGCAUUCCGCUGGCACCCCCCCGCUGGUGGCAGUGGAAGUAGCAAUUUUGCAAUCAGCUUAGGUUUUCCGCCGUUGUUUUGAUAGUAAGUACUAAAAAAAGCAAAGAGAAAAAAGCAACAAAAACCCGAUGUUUUGUUGCUGCACAAAAAUACAAAACAAAGAAAAUUUAUUAAAGUACGAUACAACAGGGGCGAAUGAAGAGGAAGAAAAGAAAAACAUGUAUAGAAUAAUAGAUAUGGAUAAUUGUAGAAUUUCAGAAAUAGUUUAAAGUAUCGCUGCACGAUGAUCAUAAUACGGUGAAUUAAACUAGUGUAAACUGUCAUUUUAAUGAGACACGUGAAAAGGUCUUUUUUAUCUCUUCUCUAAAUAUUUCUCCUUUCUUUUCCAUACAGCAAAUUUAAACAAAACAAUGGAUAAAACGUUGUUUUCUCUUAAGCUCCGCGCUUUCGUCCAUUUUCUGUCUCCAGUGUUUUUUUUCCCCUUUUUUCCCCAUCUUCAAACAUUAUCCGAGUCAUAAAACAAAUUAGUAAAAAAAUCAAUAACGAACAGUUUUAGUCCUGCACGCGGGGAUGGUACAGAAGAAAAGCAUAACAGAGGCAGCCUCAAGCUUUCGUUUUUACGUUUCCUUUAAGUUAAUGGAUUUGAUAUGUGAUAAACAGAUGCAUUUUAGUUCGUGUAAGGCAAAUAGAAGUAGUAUAAAAUCUGUUCGUGCCCGUAAAGAGCGUACAUGAAUCCAUACUCCGUAAAAAAACGAUCAAAUUAUAGUUUCAUCUCACGCAUGUUGUGGCAAAAAACAAAAAAAAAAACUUGAAAAGCGCGCAGAUUCGUAGCACACUACCUAAAUGUGGUGGCGAAUACUAAACAUAAAUAUAUUUUAAACAUGAUAAUUUAUAAGAUUCUCAAAGAGGCCGCCGAGUUAUUGUGAUGUUUUGUCUAGAUUUUUUUUUUUGUUGGUCACCUACAUUUAGUUUCACUUUUAUUACAUUCUAUGCGCGCUACUAUGGCUGCAACUGCAAAACCGGCAACGAUUAAUUUGCUCGAGCUUGAGAUUAAUUUGCGAACCAUUGUUCAUUUAUAUCCUUCUCUCUAGGAUGAGAAGUUGUGUCCUGGAAGCAAAUUCUCGAGGGUGCAGUGCGAGCGUGAACGAAGGAAUGCAUGCAAAUUUAUUAAUCAAAGCAGCAGAAACAGGAAUAAAACUAACAGUACGGAAAGGUAAACCCCUUUUUUGCCCUAACCAUUAUCCUAAAGGUCUCUAAAGAAAAAAAGUAAAAAGUACAUACGCAAGAUCGUUUUGCUGCUGUUAUUUGGAAAAGAUACAAACCAAAUUUUAUAACAACCGACUGGACUGAGGACAUAGCAAGUAAAAAAGGAGAGUAAAAAAAUCGGAGCAAAGAACGCUAAAACCACAAACACAAAUGAUUGGACAAAUUCAAUGCAUCUUUAAGCCCGGGAUUUACACUACAUUUACAACUAUUAAUUCACAAAAGCUAGGCUUUCUCUUCAAUAUCGGCUAACGAGUAAGCAAACUGAAGGAAAGCGACGAAAAAUACCUGAAAUAAAACUAAUAUUACGCGUGCAAAAUCAGGAAA